UAUGAUGAUGUUCUGCUCACAGCGUUCCAGCUGUCAGUGUACAAGAGGACAGCCAGUAGAGGAGACUUCGUGUUUUCUGCUGAUCGUCUGAUCAGACUUGUGGUUGAAGAGGGACUGAAUCAGCUGCCGUACACGGAGUGCACCGUGACCACCCCGACGGGAUACAAGUAUGAAGGAGUGAAAUUUGAAAAGGGAAACUGCGGAGUCAGCAUUAUGAGAAGUGGAGAGGCAAUGGAGCAGGGUUUGCGGGACUGCUGCAGAUCCAUCCGCAUUGGGAAAAUCCUGAUACAGAGCGACGAAGAGACGCAGAGAGCCAAAGUGUACUACGCCAAGUUCCCUCCAGACAUCUACAGGAGAAAAGUUCUUCUCAUGUACCCCAUACUAAGCACCGGUAACACUGUAAUUGAGGCAGUAAAAGUUCUUAUAGAACACGGCGUGCAACCGAGCGUCAUCAUCCUGCUAAGCCUCUUCUCCACACCUCACGGUGCCAAAUCUAUCAUCCAGGAAUUCCCAGAGAUCACAAUAUUAACUACAGAAGUUCACCCUGUUGCACCAACACACUUCGGACAGAAGUAUUUUGGAACGGACUGACACAUUUGGAACAAACUGAUAUGGCUGUAUGAUAUUACAAGUGGUUUUUUUUCUACGUUUUAUUACUUAUAGCAGAGUUGGUUGAGGGCAUAUUUAAAAAUCUUCUUGGCCAAGGGCGGGGGGGGGGAGGAGGGAAUAUUUGACUUGUGCUACUUCUAGUUGGUUACUGCUUGAACAUGGAAUCAAAUGCAGUAACACAACACCCUGAAUCAUUACAAACCAAAAUCAUCUUAAUGUUGUGCUUGUAUAAAUUGCUACACACUCUGCUUUAACUUAUUUAUUCUUCUAUAGCCUGUUUUGUGGCUGCUUGCAAAAGCAAAUAAAACUAAAUCGUCAAAGCAUUUAUUAA